AUUUGUAUGUUAUGUAAAUGAAGAUCUUCAUUUAGAUGGCAACAUAAUUUGAAUUUGCCGCGCACACGUCACAAGUGUCAACUGUCAACUGUCAAGAGUUGUGCGAGUGUUGAAAAUGAACGUUAUUUUUGCCGAAUGUUUUUAAUGUAAUUUGGAUAUUGAAAUCUGAUUAAAGUGUGGAGUAACAGCUUCGAUUGUUGUUUCUCUUUUCAGAGCAACACAAGUUCUUUUAUUUCGCACAAUAAACACAUUAUAAACAACAAAGUUGAAAAAGUGUCCACAGUGAAGUAUUCUGAGUUAGAACAUUUAGAUAGAUAGAAAAUCUUUAUUGCACGCAAAAACACAUUAUAAAACAACAAUUUUAUAGCUGUUAUUAACAAAAAGUUAACAUGGAAAAGUUAAGAUUUGAAUUUAUUGUGCAAAAAUCGAUCGAAGAUCCGAAAACGAAUGUCAUUUGCAUAACCUCAAUUACUGAUGUCAAUAAACAGACCUUUUUAAUUCCGGAACAAUUUCAACCGGCAAAACUGCAUGAUACAGUGAUAAAAACUCAGACAUUUCUAAAAGUGAAGACUACAUUACAAAAGAGAAAUGAUAGAAGACAAGUUUGGAUUACACUAACACCAGAGAUAUGUAGUACCUAUAUAGAUGAAGACGGAAAUAUGCAGUUUAAAGGAUAUUUGUUAGAGGAAUCAACACAAGAAAUGCAGAAACGGGCCUCUACUUCCGGAAUUUCAGAAGAGGCUUUGACGAGGAUCUUAGAAAAUUUCACUGAAAAAAAGAAAGAUACAUCAAAGUCCGACAACAUAAAAAAGCUAACAGAAAAAAUUGUUUUAGAAAAAUUCAAUAAUAAAACGUCAAAUGUAUCACAGUGGAUGGCUAUUUUUGAAUCAGAAUGUACUCGUGUUGGUAUAGAAGGAGAUACUAAGAAAAUUGAGGCCUUGAGAUUAUUUUUGGAAGAUUCAUGUCUGGAUUGGUACAGUUCAAGACUCAUAAAACAUACAGUAAACUCGGAAUGGUCAACAUGGAAAGAAAACUUCUGUGAAACUUAUGCGGACAAAGGAUGGUCGCCAGUGAGAUAUGCAAUGUUAUUCAAAUAUAGACAAGGAUCAUUACUAGAAUAUGCUUUGAAAAAGGAAAAACUUUUAUUGGAAAUAAAUAAAUCAAUGGAUAAUACCACCUUAAUUGAUUUAAUCGCCACCGGGCUCCCAAAUUUUAUUUCAGAUAAAAUCGAUAGAAAUAGCUUAAAGGAAACAAAGGAUUUAUUUAAUAAUAUCAGGGGCUUGGAACAUAUAGUGAAUAAGAAGAAUUUAGGAAGAAAAGUGGUAGGUUUGGAAAGUAAAAUUAAAGAAAAAGAUGGGAGUAACAAACCAUGUAGAAUUUGUGAAAAAGAAAACAAAGGCAACCGCUAUCACCCUGAAUCCUUGUGCUGGUUCAAAAACAAAAAUAAUGAUAAACAAAAAAGAGAUCAGAUAAAAACAGUUAACAAUUCAGAAUUAGAAACAGAAUUAAAUGAGAUAAAUCCAAAAAACUAGUGAUCCCGCCAUUAAUCAAGAUUAAAUUGUUAUUAAAUGAUACCUUAGAAACAACUGGGAUUUAUGACUCGGGAUCA